CACUGAGAAAGGGAAAUGUCGGAUGCGGAGAGGUAAGGACGGGGGAUCGAACGAUACUACUUUUGAAGAAAUGCUGUCAGUUAACAACUAGGAAUGAACCUCUUGGCGUGCAAAGACAAUCAAGCUGUAGACUUUACUUUGGAUAAAAAACAUGCCAAUGAGUGACAAUUUAGUAACAGCACUGUGCUUGAGUACAGUAACUAGCUAGCUAGCUGCUACAAGUAAGAUAGCUUGGCCGAGAGGACAGCUAGAGCGAGUCUAGUACAAUUUCACUAGAAGCUACAGUAGCUAGCCUAACUAGCUAAGGGGUCAGACAAGAUAGAUUAUAAUUUGAGGUCUAAAGAUCACCGAAAAGCAGGUUUCUUUCGGCUGGCUAAAGUGACUCCAGCCACCUGGACACCACUUUCUGGCCUGCUGAGCUGACAUCAGACAUGUUUAGUGUGUUGCAUCUCAGAGGUGGACUGGCUGGUGUACUAUGCAGAGGCUGCCUUCCAGCUUGCGACUCCUGAGCUGUGGCAGCAUCCUGUUACCCCUCGCCUUCCCUCACCUGCGACCCGCCUGCUUCCCCAGCGCCCCAUCUCUCUCCCUCACUGGCAUGUAUGCCACCCGCCUGUACAGCACGGCAGGAGGAGGAGGCGGAGCUGGGGGGAAGCCAGCGCGCCGGCCAGGACUGUCUGGAGCAGGGCUUCCCAUACUGGAGAACCACCAUCAGCACCACCCACACCAUCACCAUCUGCCUCCUCACCACCACGCCCACCACCAUCUCCAUGCUCCUGCUCCGCCUCCCAGAUACCCGCCUCUCUACCAAGGCCGCCCGGAUACCCACCGAGGGCCUCACUUCCACAGCCACCACCAGCAUCAUUACCACCCACAUCCACACACGCAGCCUCCUCACCUGGCCCCGCCUCCUCCACCUCCCCCUUUGCCCCUGCAUCCCCACUUUCAGCAGCACGCUCCCCUACACCACUAUGCCAGCACAGGCAGUGGCGGGGCCAACAGUGGCGGCAUGAGCAGCAAGAAAAAGACAUGGAACUUCAUCCAUGAGAAGAUGAGCUACGACACCUUCUUCACCAUGAAGCGCUUAAUUGAGCGCUCGCGGCGGCCGGAUGAGGUGCUGCGCUGGGUGACCCAGAAUCCAGGCAAGAUCUCCCAUAACCACUACCCUAUAGCGUUGCAGAAGAUUGGCCAGCUGCUGCAGACUGGCGGAGGCACGGGCGGAGCUGCCACAGAGGUGGCCUUUGGGUCGUCCUCUCCAGGAGGGGGCAGUGCGAGUGCGGGAGGAGGGGAUGGAGCUGGGGUGGUGGAGAGGAACGGACGACAGAUCCUGGAGCACCAAGAUUUCCAGACUCUGUGUGACGCCAUCGUAAACGAUUGUGCCAAGUUUGACAACUUCAGCAUAGUCAACUGUCUUUAUGCCGUUGCAGCUCUUGGUCUCCCCAGUAAUUUGCGAGUAGUGCAGGUCCUGGAGGUGGAAUCCCAGUCCCGUCUCAACCAGUUCAACCAGAAGGAUGUGUCCAUGGUGUUCAGCUCCAGCAUGAAGCUUCACCCUGGCAGCCAGCACCCGCUUACUGAGGCCUGCCUGGUGGGCCUGGAGAAGAAUCUGGAGCGAGAGCGCCACCCACAAACCCUCUUUCUUCUGCUCUCUUACUAUCGCCUAAAGUGGCGCUUGCUGAACCCACAGGACGCUGCCAAUGGAGGCACCAAGGUUGACACCGUGCACCCCAACCCAGAACAGCUGCUAGUCAACAGGAAGAUCUUGCGGCUGGUCAAACACACCCUAGCCAGCGUCAGCGGAGUUCGCGACCAGGAGAUGGCACUGCUGGAUGAGAUGCUGGCAGCGUGCGCUCGCGAGGCCAGCAACAAGAGCCUGGAACUCAUCUUCAGCUCCCAUCUCUUCUACCAGAACAGACAGGAAAGGUUCAUCAACAGCCUCGCUGAGGAGCUUCCUAAAAAGGUGGACAGCAUCACUCCAUACACCAUGGCCCUUAUUGCCAAAUAUGUUGCCCGCCACCGGUUAAGAGACACUCACCUGCUUGACACCAUUGCCAACUUCCUAGUCAAGAAGGGUGAAUAUCUGGACAGCAAGGUUAUCCAGAAGCUGGUGUUCCCCUUCAGUCGAAUGAGCUACCGGCCAUCCAAUGAGGCCCAGUUCUUCUCCAAGCUGGAGGUGGUGCUUGAACUGAAAGCUCUGAGUUCACCUCUGGCCACUGUCAACAUCCUUAUGUCUCUGUUUCAGCUGGGCCACUUCCCUGGCCUGGUCCUACACAGGGUUUUUUCCACAGCCUUCAUCAGCAACGUCACAAACAGCCCUUACGCUCUCAUUGUUUGCCGCUACCUGUCCCUGCUGGAUGCAGCGGUGGAGCUGGAGUACCAGGACUACACUGGACCCAGACUGCAAGACACGCACAAGGUGCUCAUGUUCGACCACGCUCUGACCGCAGACGAGGUCAACCGCAAAUACAGUUACAAGGGUCUUGUUGCAGAAGCCCUGCGACAGCUAGUGGGAGAGCAUGGCUACAAACAGGAUGAAGUGCUGCCCCCAGGAUAUUACACAGACUUUUUGCUGUGGAUUGACGGUUCUGGGAGGGUUCUCCCAAUCAGGACAUCUGUGGCCUCUUUGGGGGUGGUCUCCACAGGCUGCCUUUCCACAAUUAGCGGCGUGCCGAAGGCUCUAGAGGGGACCGGUUCUGUGGCGGCCCUCUCCUCCGACUUUCAGAAGUUCUCCCCCUUUGCUUCGUUAGAAGAGUCUUGUGACCAGCGGCCCACGACGGACGUCCUUGGCGGAGGGCCCGAGUCGGUGGCCUUUUUGUCCCACCACAUGCGGACUGCUGCAGGAGCCCCGGCCACAUCUGCCUCAAGUGUGGGCUCCAAUGGUGGGCCGCUGGACUACAACCCCUACUACGUGCCUACGCCUGACUACUACUCGAGCCUGGCCAAGGAGCACUCUUUGGAAAGCCAGGAUAGCUCCACACUGAGCAGCCCACCCUCUGAUGGAUUAGCCCAGACAGUUGUUUCUGGGACCGGGGGACCCUCCUCUUCAGACUCCCUCUUCCAGUUCUCCAUAGGGAAGAUACUGGAGGAUGAUGGAGGGCCUCGGACAGUCAUUCCAGGGAGCCAGAGGCCAGACUGUGAGCUACCAGCCUUUUAUGAUGAGGUGACGUAUCCGGAAGGGGGGAAAGGGGAUGUAGUGCCCACCUCACCACUUCAUCUUCAUCCUGCUAACCGGACUGAUGAAGAGAGGGCAGCUGGAGACCAGAGGCAGGUCAAGAGGGUCAUCAUGUCUGUGAAUGAUAAAUGGCACUACUGCCAUAACUCUGAUGUUUUGGUGGGCUCACGGGCCAUGAGAGAUCGUCACUUAAACCUACUAGGAUACAUCAUCCUACAGCUGCCCUAUCAUGAGCUGGAGAAGCUUAAUGGUAUAGAGGAGGUGAAGCAGUACCUCAACAAAAAACUCCUGGAAAUCCCCUUAUGACAACAUGACUCACUGUGUGCUUGCUUGUUUGUGUGAGUGAUUGUGUAGUGGGUGUUUGUUGGAUUGGGGAAAAACAUGUUUUUCUGGGAGGAAUACUGUUUUAACUAAAUUAAAACUUAGAUUUAUCCAAAUGGCACUAAAAUCAUGCCAAAAAUAGUUACUUUCCACUUGAUAUGUUUAGUAGCAUGUUGUCAUACAUGUGUAAAUCAAUGUUAUUGCCACAAUAGUACUUUUCAUAAUAUACCUUAUCACCAUUGCCCAGUGUCUUUCAAAAGUCAACCAAAAAAAAAACUUGUAGCAGAUCCUCAUUAGAUUUUAUUAAGAACAUUUCUUAUAGGAAUGAUUUGAUUUUGGAUUGGUGUUACAAUAGGGUUUAAGAUACUGAAUAUGGAAUUUUGGGGACAUUUGUCUCUUUUUGUAUCAUAAAUUUCCACUGUCAUGCACGUUGGGGACAUCAGUGUUUGGGUCAGGUACAGCGUAAAAAGGUUUCAGGGACAGGUAACUAGACCGGUUUAAAUCAUCACAUACAGCUCUUGGUUUUGUGUAAUGUACAGGAAGCUAAACUUAAAUAUGGGUGGGACGUGUUAAGUAGUCAACUGUUUUGAUUUGUUUUAUGUAUUUUGAAAAAUUAGCAGGAUGACUUUGAUCCUACUUUGCAACGUCCCUUCUGGAUCAGCAGCAUAUUCUGGAAGAAGGGGACAAGGUAUAAUAUGCAGAUAAUGUUUUUCUUUUUUUAAGUAACAAAUUAUUGAGAUUAUUUUAAACCUAUCGGAACACUGAAGUGUUGAUGAAAGACGGUGGACAAAAUCAGUGGUUGGAUGAAAUGGAUGUGGGUAAAGUGAUACUUUAAAAGCAUAUAUUUUUUAUAAGGUUACAUGCCGCACUGGUAAAGCAAGAGCUACUCAAUUGAUCUUUUACCCAGUUUUUGUUUUGCUGUGUCAUAUAUAAGGAGUUCCACUGUCCACUCCCACUGCUUCUCUCAUGGCACCAAAAGUCCUCAGGUGACAUCUUUAUUUAGAAAGUAUCUGUGUCCAAGAAGAAUUUGGGAUUGUUUACUGCGCUGCUGAAGGGGCUGAUUUGUGUGCUGGGUGAUUGCAUCAGAAAUCUAAUAGGACAUGUUUAUUAUAAGCUCUCUACUCUGUAUGAUGGUGAACUGUUUGAGCUGGGGCUGUUGAGGUGGUACGAGGCAGAGUUGCAGGUCUCAUCAACCAGGGUUCCCCCAAAUGUAUUUAUUUUACUUGGCCAGGUCUACUUUGGUCACCCCAGAGGUUGUGUCACACAUAGCAAAGGUGAGUUUUGGGACAGUCUCAUUCACCUCCAUUGUUAUUAAAUGCAUUUGCUUUGCUUAGUGCAUACUGCAAGUCUUCUGUGUAGCCCAUGGUCAAGGAGAGAAAUGGAGACAUGGUGAAGCUACCACCCUGAACAACCUGUGAGUAAAAUAUUGUGAAUGUGUUA